GUGAGUGGGUUUUUGCUAAGUCAUUCUGGGAUGCUCAAGACUCUCCCGUCUACCCCCAGACUCCUCCUUCAUCCCCACCCUUAUAAUAACUCCAGUCUUGUGCUCCUGCCACUUGGCCUGCUGGGCUGCUGGGAGGCACCAUGGCUUACAUUGCCAAGUCCUUUUACGACCUCAGUGCCAUCAGCCUGGAUGGGGAGAAGAUAGAUUUCAAUACCUUUCGAGGCAGGGCCGUGCUCAUAGAAAAUGUGGCCUCCCUCUGAGGCACGACCAUCCGGGACUACACCCAACUUAAUGAGCUGCAAUGCCGCUUUCCCCGUCGCCUUGUAGUUCUCGGCUUCCCUUGCAACCAGUUUGGACAUCAGGAGAACUGUCAAAACGAGGAGAUCCUGAACAGCCUCAAGUACGUCCGUCCCGGAAAUGGAUUCCAGCCUACCUUUAACCUUGUCCAGAAGUGUGAGGUGAACGGUCAGAAUGAACAUCCUGUCUUCGCCUACCUGAAGGACAAGCUCCCCUACCCUUACGAUGACCCCUUUUCCCUCAUGACGGAUCCUAAGCAUAUCAUUUGGAGUCCCGUGAGGCGCUCGGAUGUGGCCUGGAACUUUGAAAAGUUCCUCAUUGGGCCUGAAGGGGAACCCUUCCGGCGCUACAGCAGAACCUUCCAGACCAUUGACAUAGAGCCUGACAUCAAGCGCCUCCUCAAAGUUGCCAUAUAGGCAGGAGCUGCUCAGCACACCUGCUGGAACUCAGGUUCCCGUGACACCCAUCGGUCUCC